UAGCUCCUCCUGAUGCCUGUGUGUAUAACCAGCACGGCCGCGGCUCCACCACGCGAUCGCUGCACGUCCCGGGUUUCCAACACGGGCAGCUCCACUCCUCCCCUCCCCACCACACGCCCGCGCACCUGGGGGCCACCAACAUGGAGCCGAAGAGGCCCAAGUCGGCACCGCCUGAACCACAGAUGUAUCUGGAGGAAUCUUACCGCAGACGGGAAAGACGAACUUCCGGCAACGAGGCGAUGUUUCCCAGGCACCUGAUGAGUCUCCUCAGCCUGGAGUCUUUAACUUUUCAAGUGCAGCAAGCCCCCUACUGGAGCCGGAGGGAACAGCAGACAAGAGAGCAUCUAGUUCAACAUGCACAGCAACUUCAUCCUUAUCCUCACAGAGAGAAACCGUCAAGCAGGAAUGAACAACAACACAUGGAGCGCAGGCCUGCACAGAGACAGUACAUUCCACCUCCCAAGCGGGAGGGCUGGCAACAGAAACAACAGCAAACUCAUCCUAAGGGCCAGCAACACAAGCAUCCGCAGUCCAGGGACAGGGCUACACAGCAAACUCACCCUGCCCAGGGGACACCCUACCCCAGGGAUGUGUCAACUGUGGGGGAAGGUGCACAGAUGGCAGCUGAGAACAAGGCUACCAGUAUGACAUCUGGGUCAUCAGAAGACUGGGAUGAUGCCAUUGAUGACUGGACUGAGGGCAACCAAGACAACAGAGAGCUCAAGGAUCCCCUAUCAUCCCAGCAGCCUGUUCUACAACAGCUAUGUAAGCAGCAGCUGGCUGAAGGAACAAGUGAAGCAAACGGUUUCAUAACAGCAACUGUAGAUGAAACGGAACCAGACAGUACAUCUGUGAGUGGCUCCAACUCUCCAGCACGGUCCGUCCAGUCUGCUCGUAGUGUGUUUGAUGAGGAAGACUGGGUGGAGGGAGAGGACCCCCUGUCUCAGAGGUCAGACUUAGGCAGUCUGCAGGAGACUACCCAACCUGGGCCUCCAAACACACAGGACUAUUUGAUGCAGUCAGGGAACACAACCAGGCAACCCGCUACAGAAUCGCGCUCACGCAGGAACGGUACAGGUGCAAGGUCCAGGCAAAGUGGUGGUACAAACAACUUCGGGGGCGCAUGCCACCUUUGUGGUCAGAAAGGACAUAAACAGACUGACUGUCCCAGUGUUAAUGUGAAUAAUGGCAGAAGGGAACAGAAGAAUGGCAGAAAGGGAGGCAGAGGGAGAAGAAAUAACCGCUGGUAGAGACUGAGCAGGCAGCUUGUUACGGUUUAUUGUAGUCAUGAUAGUGGAGUUUAUUUUUCGGUUGGUGGAUAGCAAGUCUACCUCAGAGGAUGAAAGAGACUCAAGCCUGUUUUAUUUUGAGAUAUGCUUCAUUGUUCAUUCAGUAUUCACUUAUUAACAUAAGUAGAACAUUUAUUUUACUAAUAAUGUCACAUACCAAGUAAGACCAGGUUAAUGUUUCGAUCAGUCUUCAUGCCACAAAUCGUCUAUCGUCAAGAGAAAACCAGAUAUG